AUGUCGCUGUUCGCAGAUAUUGUUUUCGAAGAAUGCUGGGACACUUUCAAAAGACCCAGUACCAGAAAACCCGGUCAGUUUUUCGUGUACCGUGACGAUUUUUGGAAAUUGCACAAGCUUUUAGAACAGAAAUUUGAUCAUCAACUACUAUCCCCCGAACAAAUAGAAGAAUUGGCUAAUUACUUGAAUGAUUAUGACAACAGUAGAAAUACUUCUAGUAUCAUCGAUGUCGAACCUUUGAAAAUGAUGCAGGACGAUGUCAAAGGGUUGUACUCAACAUUCAACGGAACUUCAGAUUUUCAACAAUUCAUCGAAAGUAAAGGAAUUACCGCCAAAGGUCUUGAUAAAGAUACCAAUAUUAUGGAUGAUCCUCACAAAGAAAACAUCAACCAAGGUACCCAUUCCUCCCUGGUUCCAGCAGAUGAUAGUAUUGUCAAUCCAUCGGAUAUUAAACAAAAUAUUAAACCACCAGUGACCCCAACUAAAGUUUUCAAGUCAAGAAUCCCUACAGCAGUGAAUUUUCACCACGAGAUUUAUUCUGCCAAUACCGAUUCCGAUGAAGAUAUUGGGACAACUAGUAACAAUUCUCAGAAGCCGCGUCACAAACCAAAACCAAAAAGACGCCUAUCGUCAAAGGUCAGCACUCCAAAAGCAGCUAUCGAGCGCGAUUUUUCGAUAGCCCUGUUGGCGACAUCAACCCCUCUCGGAAAUCGCAGCCUUGGUAAUACCUGCGAGAAAAGAGACCAAUCAUCAUCGAAUGACUCAUCUAGGUCAAUAAUGGUGGAGUCUAAUAAACUUCAAGCGAUCAUCGACAAUAAAGAACAAGAUAUCGAAUAUCGUGACAAAGAAAUCACCAGGCUUCAGUCGGAAAUCACAGAUUUUAAGCAAUCUUUGCAAAAACAAGAGCAAUCUCAAAAGCAGCUCAUUUCUGAGCUUGAACAUAACAAAAAUCACAUUCAAUCCCUCGAAAAGAAAAAUGCAAAAUAUGAACAACUCUCCAGAGACGUCGCGGCACUACGAUCCGCCAAUUCGACCCUAAGGGCUUCCAAUGCCACACUUUCUCAGUCUAAUGAAGACUCAUUACGUCAAGUCGAAAAAGUGUCUGAAACUUUAGUCCGUUUAGAAUCGUUACAAUCGCAGGUGGCAAGACUACAACAAGAAAACGAGAAAUUGCGCCAAGAACGUUUGACCAACGAAGUAUCGUUGGAACAAAGCAGUUUGGGAAUAAAAAACAUUGAGCUUAAAGCAAAGUUGGAACAAACUCAAGAAGAAUUGGCAAGGUUGAAAAUGAAAAGUCGGGAUAAGACAUUAAUCUCCACCAAAGAAUACCGUCAACUUAGGAAUUCAAAGUUGAAAACCUUGAAAGAAUUAGAUAGUUAUAGCAAGAAAUUGAGAAAUCAGUCCUUGGUGCUAUCUUCAUUUGAUGAUCUGCAGACUUUGGAAGCUAGAAUACAAAAUUUCUUGGAACAUAAUAGACCACUUUCAUUGAUUCUCGUUGUGGUAGCGAUCGUCUUAUUGACUACCAUUCUCAAGGCAUCUAUGUAUGGCACCAGCUCAUUCAAUGAGCAACCUCCUAAUUUCGCUACGCAAGAUUUAUUGACAAGCUCUCCCAGUGGGUUUAAAUGGAUGUGGAAAAAAUGGCGACAUAGGAUGAAUGCGAUUUCUAGACUUGAGUAUAAUGUCGAUGAGGUGAUUCUGGGGAGAGAAAGUUAUGAUCCUAGAUUUUAUGGGUUUAUGAGCGACCAAUUAUGA